AUGUCCCUUCAAACUGACAUGCAGGGCCUCAUCGCCGAAAAAAUGGCACGGCUGGAAGCUCAACUGGAAGUCGAACGACAAAAGUCCAGGAUCAAGGAUCUGGAGCAGAAAGUCCACACACUCGAGGUGGAGAAAGGACUGUCUGCCCAAAAGGCUGACGACCAGGCUCUUCGUCCCGCAAUGCCCACAGGCAUUCCGGAUUUCAUCUUGCGAGACAAGAUUGACAGGCUGGAGACCCAGCUUGAGGCAAAGAAUACAAAGAUUGCGCAGCAAGAAGAAGAAGUUUCUGCCUUGCUUGAAAAGGUAAGAACAUAUCGUGAGGUAAAAAUCCACGUCAGAGAGGCGACUACACUUUUCGGGUCAAAGCUCGAUGAAGAUGACGACGACAUUUCAAGAGAGGAUGCAGCUUUCCAGGACAUGGACCGCGUAUCGAUGGCCGGAGCCACUGCCGAGGAGCAUGAGCUUCAAAACUGCUAA